CUGGCCCGCCCGGAAGGAAGCCUCCCUGACCUCACCCUGAUGCACCUGACCGCCAACCUGGAGAAGCCGGAGGUGAGGAAGUUGGCUGAGCCUGGGGAGGAGAAGCCCGAGGGCUACUCUGAAAAAGCCCAAAAGGGUGAUCUUGGGAAAGACAGCGAGGAGUCAGAGGAGGAGGAAGAAACAUCAGAUUUAAGGAACAAAUGGCACCUGGUGAUUGACCGCCUCACUGUGCUCUUCUUAAAGUUCCUGGAGUAUUUCCACAAGCUGCAGGUGUUCAUGUGGUGGAUUUUGGAGUUGCACAUCAUCAAAAUCGUUUCCUCUUACAUUAUCUGGGUUUCCGUGAAAGAGGUAUCUCUGUUCAACUAUGUAUUUUUGAUUUCUUGGGCUUUUGCUCUGCCGUACGCCAAGCUGCGCCGUCUGGCUUCAAGUGUCUGCACGGUCUGGACGUGUGUGAUCAUCGUCUGCAAAAUGUUGUACCAGCUCCAAACCAUUAAGCCUGAGAACUUCUCUGUUAACUGUUCCUUGCCAAAUGAAAAUCAAACAAACAUCCCCCUUAAUGAGUUGAACAAGUCUCUGCUCUACAGUGCUCCUAUCGAUCCUACAGAGUGGGUCGGCCUGCGGAAGUCUUCGCCUCUGCUAGUCUACCUAAGGAAUAACCUCCUGAUGCUGGCUAUCCUGGCCUUUGAAGUCACCAUUUACCGCCAUCAGGAAUACUAUCGAGGUCGAAACAACCUGACGGCCCCUGUGUCUAAAACUAUCUUUCAUGACAUCACAAGACUACAUCUAGAUGAUGGGCUUAUUAAUUGUGCCAAAUAUUUCGUAAAUUACUUCUUCUACAAAUUCGGUCUGGAGACCUGUUUCCUAAUGUCAGUUAACGUGAUUGGCCAGCGAAUGGAUUUCUAUGCCAUGAUCCACGCCUGCUGGCUGAUCGCUGUCUUAUAUAGACGCAGAAGGAAAGCCAUCGCGGAGAUCUGGCCCAAGUACUGCUGCUUCCUGGCGUGCAUCAUCACCUUCCAGUAUUUCAUCUGCAUCGGCAUCCCACCUGCUCCUUGCCGAGAUUACCCGUGGAGAUUCAAGGGUGCCAGCUUCAAUGACAACAUCAUAAAGUGGCUGUACUUCCCCAAUUUCAUUGUGCGGCCCAACCCUGUGUUUCUUGUCUAUGACUUCAUGCUGCUUCUGUGUGCCUCCUUACAACGGCAGAUUUUUGAGGAUGAGAACAAGGCUGCAGUGCGAAUCAUGGCAGGUGACAAUGUCGAGAUCUGUAUGAACCUUGAUGCGUCCUCCUUUAGCCAACACAACCCUGUGCCAGAUUUUAUUCACUGCAGAUCUUACUUAGACAUGUCCAAAGUGAUCGUCUUCAGCUACCUCUUCUGGUUCGUGCUCACCAUCAUCUUCAUCACUGGGACCACCAGGAUCAGCAUCUUUUGCAUGGGGUACCUGGUGGCCUGUUUCUACUUCCUGCUCUUUGGGGGCGAUUUGCUGUUGAAACCCAUCAAGAGCAUCCUGCGCUACUGGGACUGGCUGAUCGCGUACAACGUUUUUGUGAUUACGAUGAAAAAUAUCCUGUCAAUAGGAGCAUGUGGAUACAUUGGAACACUGGUGCACAAUAGUUGUUGGUUGAUCCAAGCUUUCAGCCUGGCGUGCACAGUCAAAGGCUAUCAAAUGCCUGCUGCUAAUUCACCCUGUACACUACCCAGUGGGGAAGCAGGAAUCAUUUGGGACAGCAUAUGUUUUGCCUUCCUCCUGCUGCAAAGAAGAGUUUUCAUGAGUUAUUAUUUCCUACAUGUUGUGGCUGAUAUCAAAGCUUCCCAGAUUCUGGCGUCAAGAGGAGCUGAACUUUUCCAGGCCACAAUUGUAAAAGCUGUGAAGGCAAGAAUUGAGGAAGAGAAGAAGUCCAUGGACCAGCUGAAGCGACAGAUGGAUCGCAUCAAGGCCAGGCAACAGAAAUAUAAAAAGGGUAAGGAGAGGAUGCUGAGCUUGACCCAGGAGCCAGGGGAAGGCCAGGACAUGCAAAAACUCUCUGAAGAGGAUGAUGAAAGAGAAGCAGACAAACAGAAAGCCAAGGGCAAAAAAAAGCAGUGGUGGCGGCCUUGGGUUGAUCAUGCUUCCAUGGUCAGGAGUGGAGAUUAUUAUUUGUUUGAAACGGAUAGUGAAGAGGAGGAAGAGGAAGAAUUAAAGAAGGAAGAUGAAGAGCCUCCACGAAGGUCAGCAUUCCAGUUUGUUUAUCAAGCCUGGAUUACUGAUCCUAAGACAGCACUCCGACAGAGACACAAAGAGAAAAAAGGGUCUGCAAGAGAAGAACGGAAACGAAGGCGGAAAGGAUCCAAGGAGGGUCCCGUGGAAUGGGAAGAUUGGGAGGAUGAACCAAUCAAAAAGAAAUCUGACGGACCAGACAAUAUCAUCAAGAGGAUAUUUAAUAUUUUGAAAUUUACCUGGGUCCUAUUUCUGGCAACAGUGGACAGUUUCACCACUUGGCUUAACUCCAUUUCAAGGGAGCAUAUUGAUAUAUCUACAGUUCUGAGAAUUGAAUGAUGCAUGCUGACCAGAGAAAUUAAGAAGGGCAACGUUCCGACUCGGGAGAGCAUCCACAUGUACUAUCAGAACCACAUCAUGAACCUUUCCAGAGAGUCGGGACUGGACACCAUUGACGAGCGACCCGUCGGAGCUGCUUCAGGUGCACAGACAGCCCACAGGAUGGAUAGUUUAGAUUCACAUGACAGUAUCUCCAGCUGCUACACUGAAGCAACCAUGCUGUUCUCAAGGCAGUCCACCCUUGAUGAUUUAGAUGGACAAGAAAUUCCUAAAACAAGUGAGCAUGCUCGGCCUAGGCUCUGUAAAAUGCUCAGCAUGGAUAUGUCCUCCUCAUCAGCUGACAGUGGCAGUUUAGCAUCAAGCGAGCCCACACAGUGCACCAUGCUGUACUCACGCCAGGGGACCACUGAGACCAUUGAGGAGGUGGAGGCUGAGCAGGAGGAGGAGGCAGGGAGCACGGUGCCUGAGCCCAGGGAGGCCAAGGAGUACGAGGCCGCCGGGUACGAUGUGGGAGCCAUGGGUGCUGAAGAGGCCAGCCUCACCCCAGAGGAAGAGCUGACACAGUUCUCCACCUUGGAUGGGGACGUGGAGGCCCCACCCUCCUACAGCAAGGCUGUGAGCUUCGAGCAUCUGUCCUUCGGCUAGCAGGACGACUCUGCAGGCAAGAACCACAUGGCAGUCAGCCCGGACGACAGCCACACCGACAAGCUGAGGUCCAGCAUCUUACCUCCCUUGACGCACGAGCUGAUGGCCAGCGAGCUGCUGCUGAACAAGAUGUUUCACGAUGAUGAGCUUGAAGAGUCAGAAAAAUUCUACGUGGGGCAGCCCCGAUUUCUGCUGCUCUUCUAUGCCAUGUACAAUACCCUGGUGGCCCGCUCAGAGAUGGUGUGCUACUUCGUGAUCAUCCUCAACCACAUGGUCUCUGCUUCCAUGAUCACGCUCCUGCUUCCCAUCCUCAUCUUCCUCUGGGCCAUGCUGUCCGUCCCCAGGCCCAGCCGCUGAUUCUGGAUGAUGGCCAUUGUCUAUACCGAGGUGGCAAUUGUAGUCAAAUAUUUCUUCCAAUUUGGGUUCUUUCCCUGGAAUAAGAACGCAGAGGUGAACAAAGAUAAACCGUACCACCCCCCAAACAUCAUAGGAGUGGAGAAGAAGGAAGGUUAUGUCCUUUAUGACCUCAUCCAGCUCCUGGCUCUGUUCUUUCAUCGAUCAAUUUUGAAGUGCCACGGCUUAUGGGAUGAAGAUGACAUGACGGAAAGUGGCAUGGACAAGGAGGAAUCAGAUGAUGAGCUCUCCCUCGGUCAUGGCAGGAGGGACUCCUCGGAUUCUCUCAAGUCCAUCAACCUGGCCGCGUCCGUGGAGUCAGUGCAUGUGACCUUCCCGGAGCAGCAGACAGCUGUCCGGAGGGAGCGCUCCAGCAGCAACUCCGAGCCAUCCCAGAGAUCCAGCUUUUCUUCAAACAGAUCCCAGAGAGGCAGCACAAGCACCCGAAACAGCAGUCAAAAAGGAAGCAGCGUUUUGAGUAUUAAGCAAAAAAGCAAAAGGGAACUUUAUAUGGAAAAGCUUCAAGAACAUUUAAUCAAAGCAAAGGCCUUCACCAUAAAGAAGACGCUGCAGAUCUACGUGCCCGUCAAGCAGUUCUUUUACAACCUCAUUCACCCGGACUAUAGCGCUGUGACUGACGUGUAUGUCCUCAUGUUCCUGGCUGACACUGUGGACUUCAUCAUCAUUGUCUUCGGCUUUUGGGCCUUUGGGAAACACUCAGCAGCUGCAGACAUCACCUCUUCACUGUCGGAGGACCAGGUCCCAGGGCCAUUUUUGGUGAUGGUCCUCAUUCAGUUUGGAACCAUGGUGGUGGACCGAGCCCUCUACCUCAGGAAGACUGUACUGGGAAAGGUCAUCUUCCAGGUCAUCCUUGUGUUCGGAAUUCACUUCUGGAUGUUCUUCAUCUUACCCGGUGUGACAGAGAGGAAUUUCAGCCAGAACCUGGUUGCCCAGCUUUGGUACUUCGUGAAGUGCGUUUACUUCGGGUUGUCUGCUUACCAGAUCCGUUGCGGCUACCCAACGCGAGUCCUGGGGAACUUCCUCACCAAGAGCUACAAUUACGUCAACCUCUUCUUAUUCCAAGGGUUUCGCCUCGUGCCCUUUUUGACUGAGCUGAGGGCAGUGAUGGACUGGGUGUGGACAGACACGACCUUGAGCCUGUCCAGCUGGAUCUGUGUGGAGGACAUCUAUGCCCACAUAUUCAUCCUGAAGUGUUGGCGGGAGUCAGAGAAGAGAUACCCUCAGCCGCGGGGCCAGAAGAAGAAGAAGGUGGUGAAGUACGGCAUGGGAGGGAUGAUCAUCGUCCUCCUCAUCUGCAUUGUCUGGUUUCCUCUUCUCUUCAUGUCUUUGAUCAAAUCUGUGGCUGGGGUCAUCAACCAGCCCCUGGACGUCUCCGUCACAAUUACCCUGGGAGGGUAUCAGCCUAUUUUCACAAUGAGUGCCCAACAAAGCCAGUUGAAAGUUAUGGACCAGCAGAAUUUUAAUAAAUUUAUACAAGCUUUUUCUAGGGACACCGGUGCUAUGCAAUUUCUGGAAAAUUAUGAAAAAGAAGACAUAACAGUAGCAGAACUGGAAGGAAACUCAAAUUCUUUGUGGACCAUCAGCCCACCCAGUAAGCAGAAAAUGAUACACGAACUCCUGGACACCAAUAGUAGCUUCUCUGUUGUUUUUUCAUGGAGUAUUCAGAGAAACUUAAGUCUGGGUGCAAAAUCGGAAAUAGCAACAGAUAAGCUUUCUUUUCCUCUUAAAAAUAUUACUCGAAAGAAUAUCGCUAAAAUGAUUGCAGGCAACAGCACAGAAGGUUCAAAAACACCAGUGACCAUAGAAAAGAUUUAUCCAUAUUAUGUGAAAGCACCUAGUGAUUCUAACUCAAAACCUAUAAAGCAACUUUUAUCUGAAAAUAAUUUCAUGGAUAUUACCAUCAUUUUGUCCAGAGACAAUACAACUAAAUAUAACAGUGAGUGGUGGGUUCUCAACCUGACUGGAAACAGAAUAUACAAUCCGAACUGUCAGGCCCUGGAACUGGUGGUCUUCAAUGACAAAGUCAGUCCCCCAAGUCUGGGGUUCCUGGCUGGCUAUGGUAUUAUGCGAUUAUAUACUUCCGUUGUGCUUGUGAUUGGGAAAUUUGUCCGAGAAUUCUUCAGUGGGAUUUCUCACUCCAUCAUGUUUGAAGAGCUUCCAAAUGUGGAUUGAAUUUUGAAGUUGUGCACAGAUAUUUUUUUAGUUCGAGAGACAGGAGAACUGGAACUAGAAGAAGAUCUCUAUGCCAUAUUAAUAUUCCUGUAUCGCUCACCAGAGACAAUGAUCAAAUGGACUAGAGAGAAAACAAAUUGA